UUGUGUUUUAAGACGUGUAAAAUGGGCCUUUCGAAGAGCGAAGCGUACUCAGUCUUGGAGCUACCUCUAGGUUUGUACCAUCUUCUUUAGGUCAUCCUUUCGAAGACUCCAAAUUCGAUUCAAUGAAGAACGUAUCAUCUAAAUAGGGAAAUGACCAGAAAUAGGUUGUAGGUGGUUGUAUCUUACGAGAAACACCUCUUUGUAAAUUAUUUGCAAGAAAAGAAAUACCAAAACUAGUUUGUGUAUUGAAGUUUUAUUUAUAUUUUGUUGUUUCUUGUUGAGGCACUGAAUGAGGAAGUUCUUGCUGAAAGCUAAAUAUUGUAUAUUAAACUAUUUUCAGCAGCGUUCGAAGAGCUGAAAUUGCGUGACGGAAAAUGCACUAUUGUUCCGUUAAUUUUGUAUUGGUUAUUGUACUCUCAUAGAAUUAUAUCAGCUUAUUAAUAACAGGUAAAGAGCUGUUUCAAAGUAAGACGGAAUCGGAUGUUCAAAAGUCGUAGUAUUAUUACUUUCCUUGUUUAGAUAUGAUAGCGAGGAAAACAAAAUAGUUAUUUUUAUAACAGGAAGUACAAGAAUGCUCUCAAUAUGGCAUGAAUGAUUAAGUCUUGCCUUGAAUUGUUUGUUUGAACUUUAACCUCAGCACCACGAAGACAACUACCCUUGAUUCAAAGAAAACAAAAUAAAAAACAUCAAAAGGAUUGUCUAGUGAAUUGCACCUUACACCCAGGAUUCAUUGAUAAUGUGUACUGACCUUGCCUUACAGACAUUGGUGCUAUUGUAGAACAUGACAACUUUAUUUUUAUCUCUAUUUUUUAAAAAAGAAACAGAAACAAAUUAUAACAAGAAUAAAAAUAAUUACAUGCCUGUUGGCAAAACAAUCAUGAUUUUUAAAAAAAUUCAAGAUUUGGUGUCAGAUCCAAGAUAACAACUUUGACCCGAUAAGUUUGAAUAUUCUCAUGACUUGUUUGCUGGAUAAUGUUAAGUUAUUAUAGGGAGAAGUUACUUGUCAAUCACUUCUGGGAGUUAAAGGGUUAAGUGAUAAUCAACAUGUAUUUAAUUUAUUUUAUCCCAUGCUUUGUGUAUUAACAUUUUCACUUUUAGGCCUCAAUGUUAUUUCAUAUCAUAGUUUGCAAACAAUAUCUCCUAUACAAUAUAUUUUUUUCUCCUCAUGCAUCUGCAUGGGGGUGUAGCUAUACUUUAAGGACUGCAGGCCCAUGUUUAUAUAUCAUAAAGAGGGUAAAUGCUUGAACCAGUUAGCUGACUUUCCUCUAAAAUAGAAUGAUUUAACAUUUAUUUUUUGGUGAACUUCUCUCAAACAAAACAUGUUUAACUCUGAUUAUAAGGUUGAAGCUGGCAUUAUAAGUGUGAUUUAUUAGGUUUCUAUCGACAAAAUAGUUUUUUUUUAAUUCUUAGUAAUGACCUACUUUUAACUCAAUUUUAUUUUAGGGAAAAACAAUUUGUUGAGAAACAGGAAUGAGUAAUUUUAAGUUAAUUUUUGUUGGGGAUAUAUGAAGUGAGUUUACUUCCCUAGCACCCUCUUAUCAGUAACAUCACUAGAGAAAAUCCAAAUGGGUGUAUUCAGUUACUCAUCAUAGGGGUUCUUUUGAAUAAUGUUGAACUGUUUUCUUUUUCAAGGGGCAAGUUAUGAAGAGAUAAGAUCCAGUUACAAACGCCUGGCUUUAAAAUGGCAUCCUGAUAAACAUAACAAUAGUCAGGAGGCAACAAAGGUACAAACUAAUGCAAAGAUUAGUGUUAAUAGUAACUGGUGCUACAUGGGGCCUUGAUGUUCCAGUUAGAUCUUGGGUAUUCCUUGCCAGUGUUCACCCUUAUUUUGAGCGCAAAAGGCAACACAAUUUUUUAAAUGGAGGUAGCAACUCUUGUAAUACCUGUUGAAAUUUCAAGAAUUCCAAGGGAUUUUAUAGAGGUAAUUUUGAAAUGCCUGAAAAUGAGAACACUGUUCUCAGGAUGGUUGUAUUCUUGUUGGAUGUGAUGAUGAUAAGUAUUUUACACUCUUAGAGUGCAUUGUUUGCAUAAAUCAUUGAUGCCAUGGAAACCUCUUUAUCAAGUCAGACGUUUCAAUCUUUUACAUACCACACACUACCACAAUUGCUCUAUUUGCUCUGGCAGAGAGCCAAUGCUCAAAAUGUAGCCUUUAGAGCUCUUUACAUAGGCUAAUUUCCAUUAUCAACUCAGUUGAUGGAAUCAAAUAGUCUUUUACAUAUAUGCAUAGUAUGUACAUUAGAAUUUAAAAUGCCAGUGCAAGUAUUGUUUAAAAGUUUUUUUUCAUCUUCAGAAAUUCCAGGAGGUGUCCUCGGCAUACAAGCGACUAACCAGUGAGGAUUCAGAUGAUGAGAUCAACUUGACUCCUGUGAGCACCAUUCCUGCUUUUAUGUCUUCCCUAAUUAAAAUUAAUUUCCUUUUCCUGAUUCCAAGUCUCAUCUCUGUGCUGUGCUUGUGAUGUAAUUUUUUUUGUGUGUGUGGAGUUUGACUUUUUUCAGAUUUUACUGUAUGGUAAUAGAGAAAUGUAAAAUGGUUUCCGUGUUUACAUAGCCUGAUGUAAACAUGCAGGAGGUUGGGAGAACACGAGAUAAGCGUAGGAAACCACGACGUGAAGUGGAGUGGUUUCCAGCUUAUCGAGUGUUCUCCCAACCUCCCAAGUGUUUACAUCAGGCUAUGUAAACACAGAAACCAUUUUACAUUUCUUUUAUAAAAUAACUAAUGAAAGAGGAACAAAAACCAUGUUUAUAUACGCUCAUGUAAAAUGGUUUUCUGGCCAAUCAGAGCACACGUACUAUUUGAAUUAUUUUAUAAAGCCAUUUGAUUUUUCACUUUUAUUCUGAUUGCAGGCAGAUAUGUUUGAUCUCUUUGCUCACAUUGUCUUUCAACGAAAUGGUAAGAUUUAAGCACAGUUUUACUAGGAACUAAAUCCAAUCCUCUGAUUUCAUAACAGGACAGCAGAAUUAAGAUGUAAAUGUGAGAUAGAUAAACCCCAAGUUACAUGUUGUAAACAUGAUGACUUAUCUUAGCAGAGGGCUUUGGGAAUUUUCAUGAAAUCCAAAUAUUUGACGUAAUGAGCUUCAAAAAGUGUUGCCAAUAUGAUUGUAGACAAUGUAAUUUGCAUGUGUUAAUGACUCUCUAAUUUUUCGAAGACUGUCUUUGACAGAUUGUCAUCAAACUUUUAGCAACAAAGUUUUUUUGCACCUCAUUUGUUUUAUCAAGGAAUGUUUGGUGGCUACCCAGGAAUGUAUGACUCUGACAACAGUUGCUACAGUGAUGAUGAUGAGGAUGAUGACGAUGAUGAUGAAUCGGUCGAUGAAAUUCUUCAAAGAAUGGCACAGAGUUAUAGGAAAAAGUCAGAGUCCAAAAAACCCUCUGAAAAAGGUAUUUGAAAUUCCUGCUCUACUCGGACUGGUAGCAUGUAUAUGAACAGGUAUUUAUGUUAGUGUGUAAUAAGAAUGGUUAAGUUAAAUCUGUUUUUCCAUGUGCUGGUUCCUCUGUUGGUAGUUGGUGACAUGAGCAAGUCUGUCCUCUCAUAUUGAGCAUUGAAAUUUUGUAAAGGAAAGUGGAGUAAGGGGAAGGUCUCACAAAGCAAGUCAAACUGCCUGUCUAGGCCCCUAGUCAGGGGCUCAACAUUAAAUGUAAAUACUUUGAUUUCGCAGGUCGUCCUGCACACAACUUAUCGGAGGCGGUGAGUUGUAUUAAUUUUUUGCCAUGUUCCAUUCAUUGAAAGUUGGAAAGUAUGUAGAUCAUUUGUAUUAAUGAUAACUGCGUACAAUUUUGGUUGAGUUGGCAGUAAGUGAAUCAUUAAUUUUGAUAAAGAUCCCAAAACUGUUUUGCUUGUAAAAUAUAUUUGUUAAUGUGCCUCACAUCUUUGUCAAUUAAAAGUGAACCUUAGAUUUUUUGAAAGUGGAAAAAAUAAUGUAAAGUUUGUCAUGCUGAGGGUCAUGGCUAUUUUUAAAUUUGUUCAAAAACAAAAAGCAUUAUAACUUUUGCCAUUCGAUCUUUAACUGAGGGAAUAUGAUAUUUGGUUUUAUUGCAGGAAGCCAUGAAAAAUGCAAAAGAGCUUAUAGAGGAGGAAGAGAGAGACAGGAAAAAAGCCGAAAAACGGAGAGCUAAAAAGAAGGUUUGUUUUUCUCGUAGGGCAUUAACUUGCACCCAGAAAUUAUGAAAAGAGAAUUUUUGUCCCCACACAAACUCUUGGGUAAAAAAAAGUGUUUUUAUUGGUUUGAUUAAACUUGUUAAUUUUUGUUUUCCUCUCAAGAAGCAUAAGUGUUCUUAGCUGAGGAUAUUCUUUACCGUAACACCAGGAGUUAACCCUUUACACCCUAAUAUCAAUAUGCAUAUUCUCCAUACUGUUCUCUAUACAUUUCCUAAGGUGCUUUUCAAGAGCAUCUAAAUUUGAUCAUUUCCUUUAUUUUUGCACUAAAUACAUGUAUAUUAUUCAGGUGUGAUAUUAUCAAGGGAAAUUGCAUGUUAAUCACCCUCGGGGCAGGGCGUGAAAUUGUGUUUAAUACAGGUGCCAGUGCAACUAAAUUUUUCACUUUGGCGACCAAAUCCUGAAAGUUAGUUGCCAAAUUGGCAACUAGAAUGUUUCAUCAUAACCUUACCAAGAGAUAGUGAAUUAAAAAGAUUUGCAAAGAUAAAUCCAAGGCAAACUUCCUUGUGAAGUUUGAUUCUAAAACACAGCACAUGUAUCUUGAUCGACAACUAGACACCAUCUUGGAUUUAGGUGAGCUUGAACGUUGUAAAUCAUCCAUCCUAGUGUCCACUUUGUAGCACGUUAAAGAUCUUUUUCCUAACUUAAUUUUGGAGGGUCUAUUUAGAACAAUGACAGCGUAAAAAAAGGUUUUGUUUAUCUUUGAAAAUGGCGACCAACGUUUUUUGAAUUGGCUACCACUUCGAAGAAUUUAGGAGCCAAGUGGCUAUCAGAAAAAAAAUAUUAAUUUCAUGCCCUGAAUUAGGGGUCAAAGGGCCAGUGAAGCUAAUCAACCAAACCAAAAGUGUGUACUUUUUUGUGACAGAGGAAUAAGGAAAGAAAGAAGGAAAAAGAAAGAGAGAAGAAAGCAAAGGAUGAAAAAGAAAAUAUACAGGUACUGAUGAUGGAAAGAUUUCUGAUGGAGUCUCAUGAUAUAGCUCUCAAAUGCAACACAAAACUUCUUUGACUGGUUUUUAGUGUAACAUUUUGAAGGUGAUUUAUUUCCUGUGCCUCUCAGGUAGAGGGUUAGAAAUUGCUUUCUUAACUUUCUUUUGAAGGUGAUUUAUUUCCUGUGCCUCUCAGGUAGAGGGUUAGAAAUUGCUUUCUUAACUCUCUAACUCCCAAGAUCUGAUUGCCAAUAGGCCAUUUUUCAAUAUAUUAAAAUUCUAACAUGGCUCCAAGGCUUGUGGGAAUAAAACUUAAGAAAGUAAUUAUUCGUCCCUCAACUUGGAUGUUAUUUCUUUCAUUUUAUUCUCCCAAGCCUUGGAGCCAAGUGUGAAUUUUUCAUGCAUAAAAAAUAACCUAUUCCCCCCUCUUGCUGUGGUAAGGUUUUCUCUUUAUAGGAUUACCCUGUAAUCUACAGAUUCAAACUUCACCAGUGUCCAUAGAAUCUUAAGCUGUGAUCUUUUUCUUUUUGUUUCUAGCAACAGAAGAAUAAUAAAAAAGAAAAUAUACCAACUACAACUAAAGCACCUCCAAAGGAACCCAGUAAAAAAAGAAAUACCACAGCAACUUCUUCAACUCCGACUAAAACUGUAAAUAACAAUACAAAAGUAUCCAGCGGUUUAAAAGAACAAUCUGUGAAUAAUAAUACAAAUUUACAACAAUCAACAAAAAUGGAACCAAGUUCACCCAAAAGGUAGGGUCUUCAUCAUCAACAUUUAUCAUCAUGAUUUGAAUCUAAGUUCUUUCAACAUUUGUGAUAAGUUUAACCCCUGCUCUCAAUGUAAUUCACUCUGAAUGUCUCACAUAAAGUUUAUUGGUGCAUACAACCUACUUGGUUGAACUGCGCAAUGGGCCUUGCUCAGCAUUAAGUCUCUUUGGCUCAGUGGUAUAACAUCAGAGCAAGGAAUCCAAAGGUCUGAGGUUUGUUUCCUGAUGGAAACUCCCAUGACAAGACAAAAAACAUCUUUCUCAACCCACUUGGUUGUUUAUAAUUAAAAGAAACCUUGUCAAAAAUAAAAUCUAGAGGAUUUUCACAGGUGAAUCCUCCCACAUUAGAUAAUGCAUUAGUAUCAUUUUCAGAGUAGAGGAUCAGUCAGUGGUCACAUAGUAAAACUUUUUUAAGCCUGUGGCUUAAUACCCUAACAAUAUUGUGAUUUGAGGGGUUUUGAGGUGAAUGCUCGUCUGAGCUUAUAGUCUCUCCCUUGCUUUACUAUGAGUAUUACUUAACCCUUCAUGCUGCAGAAAUCUACCGUUGUCAUUGCAAUUCAGAAGAGUAAUAUAAAGCUUUCAAGCAUAUCCUUGCUUUUCCUCUAAAUUUAAAUUUGGAAAUAGUCACACCCUCUAAGCAGCCCCCCUUAACAUUAUCAUGCAUCAGCAGAUACACAGUUUUUUUGGUAUUUGUUAGAAGUACAAGCAUUACAACCAGUAAAAUUUAUGAUGGUUUUUUACUAUUUUUGUUUAGACAUGACGAGGAAGAUUUAUCAGGCAAUGAGGUAAGGCAAAACAUGCAAUUUUUUGUUUGGUUGCAGUAACAUACUUGCAAAUCGUUUAAAUGAAUCUAUAGUUACAAUUUUUGUGCUCUUUUCAGUGGUAGAGAAAGAUUGUUUUAACAGUUGACUGUGUGUUUAAUUAUCUGAAUUAGUACCACUUAAGACGUGGGAUGAAAUGUUUCAGCUCAUUUUUGUGGGCAUGGCGGUGAGGAUGUAAGACCAACCACACAAGGUGCUACUUUUAAUAUACGUGGUCAACUGUACCGCGAGCACGCCAACGCCACGGCAUUGUCCAGUAGUCCAGUGGUCAGUGCACUAGGCUCCGAGUCGGACGACCCGGGUUCUAGUCCUGGCCGGGGCAAGGCGUUGUGCCCUUGAGAAGUGCGGGAAAAAAAUGCAAGCUCCGCUUUUAGGCUUGGCUAAAUCUAUAUAUUAUAUCUAAGUGCAAAGGUUAAUGGGAGAUAUCAGAUGAUUUGAUACCAAUAGAAUCAUUAUGGCUGUGCACUGAACGUGUCCUUUAUCACAUACACUCUGUGAUUUACUUCCAUGUCAGGGGUGAACACUGUCUAAACGAUAAAAUAAUAUUUGUAAUUGUCAUCCGUUUCUCCCAGGAGCCCACAUGGGAUACAAACAGUGCGUUCUUUGCGAGAGCAGCAGGGCGUAAUCCAAUGCCUCCUCCUUCAACAAGCACUGCAACAGUAAAAAAUAGUACACCAUCAACUAUCAGUCAGAGCUCACAGAAUACGAAAAACAUCUCCACUCAACAACCUGCGGCAGAACAGAUAGAUCCUGUGGUUUUACGUAGCAGACAAGUAGCAGGUUGGUUGAACUGUGACACCAUUCCAAUAAGAGCACAACGUUGAAAUAAAAAAUUUAGGUUAUGAGUCAGAGAUUGAGGAAAAACCCUAGUGACUGUGAGUGCGUAAGGUGAGUUAUAAAAAACAAACACGGCUGGUGUUACCAGCAUUUAAUUUUCCAAACCGCAUCUUCAAACCUCGUUUUCUCCUUAGAAGAGACUGCACGUCUCAAAAUUCAGUUCAAGCACAUGUCGAGGAUUCGAUUUUUUUAAUUACGGGCGGGAAAUUAGCAAUUUUUUUCUGCUUCACUCGUUGGUAUAAAAGCAGAUUACAUUUAGGUAUCACGUUCUACUACACUCUAAUCCACAGUUAAAGGAAAUGAAAUGGCAAACGUUGGAAACUAUCAGGCUGCCGUGGAUCUCUUCACUCAAGCUAUUAACUUGGAUGCAAAAGACUUCAGGUUUUUUUUAAUUAUUAUUUUCUUUUUCUAAAGUUAACCGCAUCUGCAUAUAUGCCUUUUUUCACUAAGUAAGAACUGUUGUUAACAGAGGCCUAUUUUCUAAUGAAAAUAAAGAACAUUCUUAGUUGGCUUUUCCCCUUUUGGGAUAAUAUCAUACACUCUUUUCUAUUUUAGCUGUGGGAUUGAAUAAAGCUAUUUGUUCUUUCUUUCGUUGGAAAACUACAAACAAAAGUCUGUGGCUCGAUUCCUCAAGGGGGACUUUUGAUUUUUCCGUUAUUCUAAGCCGAUGACAAAACGAAUAAACACCUGUCUUAUUUUGCUAUUCGUUCGCAGAUUCUUCGGCAAUCGUUCUUACUGUUAUGACCGCAUGGGACAAUACGAAAAAGCUCUCCAGGAUGCUGACGUGGCCAUAUCGCUAGCACCUGAUUGGCCAAAAGGAUACUUCAGACGAGGCAGAGCACUGGCGGGAUUAAAGGUGCUUACUAAUGCAAUUUUCAGUGGUGUCUUAGAUAGUGGGAGAUUGCUACGGUUUUGCUUUGCUGCGCUGGGUAGUUGGUUCAGAAAACUCGCGCCGCUUCCUCAACCAAUCAGAUUCAAAUUUCAAACUAAUGGCGAAUUGGUCACUCUCAUUUUCCCGCGCUUUAUGACAAGUCAAGAAAACUAGCGCCACUUCCUCGACCAAUCAGGCUCAAUUUUUAAACCAAUGGCGACGUGGCCACUCAGAGUUUUCCGCGCUUCAGUCCGUUAGCUUGUUUUUACUUUUACUGACAAUCAAGGCCCCUCUUAAAACUGUGGUGGUAACGAAAUAAUAUUCUGGGAAUUUGCGAUUUCAGUCCCUGGAGCUAAUCUUCGUAAGCACCGUAAAUCAGAGCCAAAAGGAAUUUCAAUCGGAAUUCUCUAGCUGAUUUCGGCCUUCCUUCCUAUUCAGUUACAAUAACUGCAAUUGCGAUUAUUUUUCGGUAACGAUAUUUUUCUCUCCUUUUCAGUUAUAUUCUGACGCAGAGAGCAGUUUUGCUCAAGUUUUAAAACUGGAUAAACAUUGUGAAGAUGCCAUGUUUGAACUGGCUAGGGUUCGAGUGCAGCAGCUAGAGGUACGGUAGUGUCAUGCACAGGUCCCCAUCAUGGGGGAAGGGGAGGGGUGCUACCGUUACGUCUUUCUGGCAUUGGGAACAUGAUAGAUUGUUUAUUUCCCCUCACUUGAUUGUCAUCCCACAAAUCUUAUGCAAAGAUACCUUUUAGCAUUAUUAUACAACCUCCAGUUUUUUCAAUGCUAUAAAAAUUGUGCGGUAUCAGUAGCCAUAUGCAGUCUUGACUGCCCAUUUUUUAAAAUUUUUUUAUCAGGAGAUGGGAUUUCCACAGAGCCAAAGUGAAGCAGCUAUCCAGGCAUAUGGCACAGUUCAGGCCGCUUUGGAAGCACUGCUAGCUGGAAAAGGUGAAGGGAUGAAGGAGUAGAAAAAAAUAAGAACAAAGUGACAGGCUGCGUCACGGUUUGUCCAUCUUGAAAAAGUACAUUAAAACCUUCCACGUUCGUCAUUCGCAUUUAGUUUCAAUCUUCCCCAUCCUUAGCAAUCCUCGCUCCUUCGUGGUUUAUUGGUGCCUUUCUUAUGUUGUAAUAUCUUCGCGAGCGAAUAUUUCGUGAUCCUUUACAAAGCGAAGAUAGUUGUGAAUACCGUUUGAAAAACAACUCGAUUUUCCUGACCUCAGUCGAAAAAUCGCGCUUUUCGAUUGAGUGUCGUGAAACCUAAACCACUGUUAUCACAACGGCCAAUUAGAAGAAAGGAAAUAUUUUAAGAGCCAAUGAGCACUCAGUAAAAACAACCAAACUGACUAAGGCGCGGGAAAACGCGGGCGACCAGGCCCUGAUUGGUUUCAGUUUUGCAUCUGAUUAGUUGAGAGAUUAGCGCGAGUUUUCUUGGACCAAUCAAAGAGCGAUGUAAAGCGAAAGCAGUGCAGUGUGGGAUUACUUUUGACUCUUGACAGAAAAUUGCUGUAUAGUGAGUACUGGGAAUGACUGAUUCUUAAACAAAAACUGGCAUUUCUCUCUGAAGACCUUUCCGAUCAUUUGCUUGUAUUAUUUUACUUUAUUCUUUGCUUAUACAUAGUAUUUAUAAGAGGUGUACUGAUACAAUCCUUUCAUGCCGUUUAUGUAGUGAGUUUUCCCGUUUCAACGGAGAUAUACGUCUCUGAUGGAGAGGAUGAUGCACAAAAACAGCAAAUAAGGUAACUGAUUUUAGAAUGGCAAAAUUGCGAUCGGAUAGGUUCCUUUUAAAAUAAAUAGCUAUGAAACGACUGUUUCUGUUUCUAUUCAAAGUUUUUCUCUGAUUUGUCAUUGAGUUCACUCUUUUAACGGUAUUUGUUUAUGAUAUCUGUCUAGAGUAACAUUUCGGCUACGUGUUGUUGAAAGUUCGAAAGUUAAAAGUAAAACUGUCUUUUGUUUUAGCGUUUUACUGAUAACUGACUUUGAGAGUGAAAUCAUGUAAGAUCUCCUUAUUGGCUUCGGAAAUUGCCAACUUCGAUUCCUCACAGAAAGAAAUACUUACAGGCGAUUAGAUACUUCGUAACUUUGUGGAAAAUUGCGACUUCUCUAUUAUGAUAUUUAUUUAAAUAUUCUCUUGUUUAAUCUUUUUGCCGCGUGGAAAUGUGUUAGCGUUACUGCGCAGGCUUGUUCAGUCAAGAUGGCUGGUAAGGCUGAUGUCUUGACCAUCAGACAGUCAUCCAACGCAUAUUGACCCUUCAACUGUCAGAAGUAUUUAACAUACUUUAUCUUGCAAAUUGGUAAUGAUAAUACUUGAACGUAUCAGGUAGAUGUUAUCCUGAUCUAACACCAAUUUCGCACAACUAAUUAACAAGGAAAAGUGUGGAAGCUGGAGGGAAGAAAUAGCAAUCAGAUCUUGGAAGUUGAAGGGUUAAUUGCAUUCUGUUUCUACGCAGAAUGGUUGAAAAUGGUAGCGUUGAUGACGGCCCUGGCCGUUCCUUGUGGGUUGGAAACGUCAAUCCUGAGGAAGUCAGUGAAAGACAUUUGGUACAGCUGUUCAGCAGGUGUGGUCGGGUCGACAACGUGCGGAUACUCCCCAAAAGAUUCUGUGCGUUUGUUAAUUAUGAUCAGGCUGAAUCUGCCGCCCUAGCACUCGAAAAAUUACAGGUACGUUGUUUUAUUUGUUUGAAGAGGUCCGCCAAUGGGAGGAGGAAGAAAUUCUAUUCUGAUCUUUGGAAUUAAAAGAUGACUUCAUUUUCAGGGCUAUGAGAUGGGAGGCGAGCAGUUAUUACUGAGAUACCCCAACAACACUGGCUCCCCGGGAAGCCAGCCACUUGCUGCUGCUUCGGUUCCUGGUAAAAAGAAACAACCUGAAGGGUGAGCUCAUUUAUGUUUAUUUAUAUACUUAUUUGAUCAGAGAGAAUCACGGCUGUAUUUCUCUCAGUCCAGUAUUUGUUUGUUUGUGUGUGUGUGUGUUUUUUUUCCUUUGGCUUGAGUAUAUUUAUGCUACAACCGAUUCUCUGGUCGAUGUGUUUGUUUGUUUUCUAUUUUCCAAGUUUGUUUGUUUGUUUAUAUGUUUGAGGUAACCGAAUGUUGAAUUCCUCGAGUCCACGCGUUAGUUGGUCAGUUAGUUUUUGUUGGCGUGGACGAAACGAAUUCGAAAUUUCUUUCAACAAGGACUAAUUUCGCUUUGCCUUUUUGAUGCUUUUUGUUCCAGGGACUUAAAACAAUCUAUGAGCAAGUUGUCGGGCCCCGUGAACGGAGACGAGUGUUAUUUCUGGCGCACGACCGGCUGCUAUUUUGCUGACAAAUGCCGAUUCAGACAUGUCCCGGAGAGCAAAGGUGUCGAUCUAAAAAGGGUGGAGGCCAAGUAUGGAGGAAAACUUCGAGUGACUACCCCACCGAGCCAAUGAAAAAAAAAAACCAAAAAUAAUAAUAAUAAUAAUAAUAAGAAUAGUGAUGAC